CUCCCGCCCGGCCCCGCGGGAUGAGCCGGCGCAGCCGGGGCCGGAGGCGACUCUCUCAGGUAAAUUGGCAAAAUGUGGAGUGGAAAGCCGAAAGAGGUGCCUUUACCAAACCCAAGAAAUCUUCAUAAUAAGGAUACUGUUCGAGAUGUGAUGACAUCAUGGGAUGCACUUUCUCAGACUAAGGCUGCUCUGAGGCACAUUGAGAACAAAUUAGAAGUAACUCCCACCAGCACAGCUGUGUUUGAUUCUAUCAUGGAUACCAAGAAAUCUGCUAAUGCUACCAGGAAAAUAAGUAGGAAAGAUGGUAGAUAUCUAGAGGAUUGUUUGGGUAUUGCUCCAUCCAACAAGGCAUCCAAAUCACGAAAGGAAAAAUCUUCUAGAAGUCCUCUUCGAGCCACCACCUUAGAGAGCAAUGUGAAAAAGAAUAACCACGUGGAAUUUCGUGAGCCCUUAGCUUCAUUUAGGGGGGAGACCUUUGUUGCUCCAUCCAGUCUAAGUUCUAGCCAGCCAGAUGUCAAACAUUUGUAUGUUUUGGACACCACUAAAACAGAAGAGGCAACUGUUGGAGGAAGUUGGAUGAUAUAUAAUCGGGAUGACCGGGAUAUACAUUGCCAAGAUUUUGACAGCUCUCAGUCAUCUGCUGUAAAUGAAACUGUUGUUAGGUAUUUAAAUGAUCGACCAGCAAUUGAUGCCUUGCAGAAUUCAGAAGGUUUAUUCAGAGCAAUAGCUUCUAUAAGAACUGAGGAAGAAAAACCUUGUGGGUCAAAAGUAAAUGAGAAGACUUCAAUGAGUAACAUAAACUGUGAUGUUGAUAUGAAAGUGUCAAGGCCAAGUGAAUCUUCUCCAUCGUCUGCUAGUACUACUAGUACCAGAUUAGACAUCUUAAAGCGGCGACAGCAUGAUUCCAAACUAGAAAAACUCAAGGAGCGGAUUAGGAAACAAUGGGAAAACUCAGAAGAUGUUAGUGGCAGAGGUCAGCAUCUGGGACAUGCUGACCAGCCAGUAAUGAUAACCAAUGUUGACAGUGGAGUGACAGCAAAAGUUCGGAAAGUGGCAACAGCACCACCUGCUCCAGCAUAUAAAGGCUUCAAUCCUACAGAGACUAAAAUUCGAACCCCUGAUGGAAAGGUGUGGCCUGAAGCAGUGUUUCAUAAUAUGAGUAGAGAUUUAUAUCGAGAUCUUGGAUUACACUUUGGUGAAGAUGUCUCAGUAAAAGAGAAGCCUCUUGAAAAAUAUAAGGAAAAGAAAACAAUCAGACCAGUGAGAAAAGUACAAAAGGUAACACAAUCAUCAAGUCCAGAUUACAAAUCAGGCGGUGGCCGUAUAAUAAGUACAUCCUCUUGGAGAGAUGGACAAAAGUUAGUAAAGAAGAUUUUGGGUCCAGCACCCAGAAUAGAGCAAAGAGAGCGAAGGAUGGAGUCAGGUGAUAGAAAUGGAAAAGAGAAGAAUACUAAGUCUGUUGGCCAAAUUGGAAGAGCAGAAUCUGAUCCUAGAUUGGAAAUUUCACAUAAACGUCGUCAUCCACGAAGCAUAGAACGUUCACGAAGUAGGGUUCGGCUUGAGAAUAACUUCAAGAAAUUGCCUGAUUCUCUUCCAGAUAGUAAACCAGAGGAAGAUACUGUAAAUAAAGACUUUUUGCCAGUUGAAAUUCGCGGGAUUCUCGAUGAUCUUCAGCUAGAUUCUGCACCACAGUCUACAAAGCAAGAAACUGGGGAUCGGCAGAAUCAAAAGCUUGUGGUACCAGCCCAAAAUUCUAGAAGUCAUAGCCCUGUUAAAAGAAAACCAGAGAAGUUAACAGCUAAUGAAGAUCCUCCUGUGAUUUCUAAAAAAAGGCACUAUGAUACUGAUGAAGUUCGCCAGUACAUUGUUAGACAACAAGAGGAAAGAAAGAGGAGGCAAAAUGAAGAGAAGAAGGCUCAAAAAGAGGCAACUGAACAAAAGAACAAACGACUGCAGGAGCUUUAUCGGAAACAGAAGGAAGCAUUUAGUAAAGUGAAAAAUGUACCUUCUUCUGAACCUUCAGCAGCCAGGAGGAUACAGGAAACUUACUCUAAAUUGCUGCUGGGACAAGCCUUAUUAGAAGAGCCAUCUCAUCAACUCCAUGUUACACAAGAUACACAGGUAAAACCAGGGUACCAACCAUCUGGAGAAUCUGACAAAGAAAACAAAGCACAAGAACGCCCCCCUAGUGCAUCUUCCAGUAGUGAUAUGUCUCUCUCGGAACCUCUGCAACCCCUUGUAAGAAGUGAUUUGGUAGAACCAGCGUGGAUGCAGCCAGACAGGUUAAGCCCAAGAAAUUAUCCUCCCCAACAACCACUUAUUGAAGCAACUGGAUGUUUACUCUCCCAGCUUUUGGAUCUAGAGCAUGUAGGGACUUUGCAGAAGGACUUUGAAUCUAUAUUGUCAACCAGGAGAAACCAAGGUGUAAGCACAGGGACUUGGAAUUUGACACCACAACUGUAUAUGACCUCAGCAACUACACAGCAAGAUGCUUUGAUAAAACCUAGUUCAAACCAGUAUAGAAGUAAGUUAGACCGAAUUGAAGCCCUAAAAGCAACAGCAGCUUCCUUGUCCAGCAGAAUUGAAAAUGAAGCCAAGAAAUUAGCUGGCGCUAACAUUAACUAUGGAACAACGUGGAAUACUGACUAUGAUACGCUGCAAGGUACCCAGGAGGAUGGACAUUGGGCUAAACCUGUGAGUCCACCUGUGAAAGAAGAUAAUGAAGAUAUUUUUUCUGCCAGAAUUCAAAAGAUGCUUGGGACCUGCAUAUCUCACACAGACUUUGAGGAUAAUCUUCCUGGAGUAGGAAACCUUAGUGAGUUUAAAAAACUUCCUGAGAUGAUUAGACCUCAUAGUUCUGUAUCAAACUUUGGAUUACGAUCACCUCAUAAACCAGAAGGACCAUUAGCAUUGUUAAAUAAAAGACAGGCUGAUUCUCCUGCCUCUGAUACUCAAGUUUGUGGUCAAGACAAAGUGAAAAUAUCUCAUGAUUCAAGCACAGAUUCAGUUAGUGAAGGGCCUCUUCUUAGUGAGGGGAGCCUUUCUGAAGAAGAGGAAGGCAAGGGUGGGCAUUCCCCUUUGAAAAUAGCGACAGAAAUCUUCAAGGAAAAGGAAUUCUGUGCUGGGGAAAGAAACACCUAUGAACCUAUCAAAGAGUUUCAAAAAGAUGCUGAGAAAUUUGCACCACUUUUUGGACAAACAAGUGGCAUACAAAGCAAAGGAUCAUGGGAGGAAUUGGCAAAAGGAAGUCCACAUAGUGUCAUUAACAUUUUUGCAAAGUCUUAUCAACUCUAUGGAAAAGGCUUUGAAGACAUGUUGGAUAAAGGAUCACCGGUGUUGCGCCCUUUGGUUCCCAUUACAACUCCUGCAGGCAGUAUUUCAUAUGAAGAUGAUUUUGUGUCCUCUCCAGCAAAUGCAACACUGACAGAAAAAAAAACUGCUUAUGAACCUAUUCUCAGUAGUAGCAGUUCAAGCAUUCAGGAAGAACCUUCUAGCAAGAAAUCCCAACAUUCAGCAGGGACUCAAUCUGUCACAUCAUCUCGUUCAUCCACUUCUUCCAAAGGAAAGAAAGGAAGAAAGGAAAAGAAAGAAUGGUUAGCGUCAUUUACUGGUGGUGCUCAAAACAUUUUGCGUGAAGAAGAAAGAGCACAAUCUGGUUCAGAUCGUGGGUCUCACAAGGGAAAGAAGCCUGUGACUAGUAGCAAAAUUCCCAUUAAUGAUUAUGAGCAGUAUUCUGAUUCUGAUAGCACUUUGGAAAAUCUUUCUGGGCAGUCUAUGAGUCUCUCAUCAGAUAAGGGAAGAUCACAGAGAACUCCAACUUCUCCCCUGUCUCCAAGCUCCCAGAAACUUUCACAAUUUGACCUUCCAGCAAACUCAAUGGAGAGAACUAGAUCCCCAGCAGUCUUGCCUCCAACACCAUCAGCAUUCAAACCCAAUGCUGUCUUCUCUGACAUGAAUUUAUCAGGUAGUAAGGCAACAGCAGGAACACCUUCAACCGCAGGUGCUGUACGCUUUUCUCCUGCCGGUCUUCAGCAUCGUAUGACAGCAGAACUUAGCUACUUAAGUGCCAUUGAGGAGUCUGUGCGCCAGUUAACAGAUGUAGAAAGAGUUCGAGGCAUAUCACUGGCCCAACAGGAGACUGUCUCCUUGGCUCAGAUCUUAAAGGCACAGCAGCAGCGUCAUGAACGAGAUCUGGCACUUUUAAAGUUGAAGGCUGAACGUGAAGCCCUGGAAAGUCAGAGACAGCUGGAGGAAGCCCGUCACAAAGCAGCUCAGGCUCAUGCAGAAUCUCUGCAGCAACUGGUUCAGUCACGACAGGAAGCUACUGAAGCACUACAAGAGACAACAUGUAAGAUAGCUGCCCAGCAGGCAGAGGCUGCUCGGCUCACCACAGAUGCAGCACGACAAAUCCGUGAGAUGACAGAAUUGGCACGAAACCAAAUAUCAGAUGCUGUCACAGCUACAGCAGCACCAAUUACAGCUCUUAUUGAUCACCAGCGGCAACAGCAUUCAGAGUUCAUGAAACAGUUGAGAGCCAGAACUGAUACAGACAGGAAAAGUGAAUCUGUUUUACUUUCUCAGAGUAAAGAAGAGACAUCUGACUCAAAGAAUCAAAAGUAUUCUCCAUCUUUUGAUAGUUAUUCAGAAGCCUCAAAAAACAAGAGUCAUGAUCAGAGAAGCAGUAACAGCCUCCAGGAAAGCCCUUCAGUUCUGUUAAUAAAGGAAAAUGAAAAGAAACCUGCCUCUGAAAAGACAGAGAGUCCUAUUGAAGAACAAGUUCAUACUGCUGUGGAUGAUUCCCUUCAGAGUGAUAGCAUUCCAUCAUUGCCUGAUGAGAAAGACUCAACUUCUAUUGCAACUGAGUAUUCCCUUAAAUUUGAUGAGUCCAUGACAGAAGAUGAAAUAGAAGAAAAGUCUUUUAGGUCCUUACUACCCUCAGAAAGUCAUCGCCGAUUUAACAUGGAAAAGAAAAGAGGUCAUCGUGAUGAUUCUGAUGAGGAACCUUCUCCAGAAAAGACUGCUUUGUCUUCUGUUAAGGAACUGAGUAUGCCAUUCUCAGGAGGGCAAGAUAGUUUCUCUAAAUUCACUAUGGAAAUGGUACGUCAGUACAUGAAAGAAGAGGAAAUGAGGGCAGCUCACCAGUCUUCAUUAUUACGACUCCGUGAGAAAGCCCUGAAGGAGAAAGCUAAAGCAGAGCUAGCCUGGCUGGAACACCAAAAAAAACAUCUACGAGACAAAGGAGAAGAUGAUAAGAUGCCCCCUCUCCGGAAGAGACAACGUGGUUUGCUGUUGAAAUUGCAGCAGGAGAAGGCAGAAAUUAAGCGUCUCCAGGAAGCCAACAAGGCAGCAAGGAAGGAAAGACAACUGAUUCUUAAACAGCAAGAAGAAAUAGAAAGAAUCCGUCAAACUACAAUUAAGCUUCAAGAGAAGUUGAAGUCAGCAGGAGAAAAUAAAUUGGAACCUCGUAGUGAGGAUGAGACAAAGCAAAGUAAGGCUUCUAGUCCAGCUCCAACUGACUUAGAAACUCGAAGUCCAUCCCCUGUCUCCAUUUCUAGCAGUGAGACUAGCAGCAUCAUGCAGAAACUCAAGAAAAUGCGCAGCCGCAUGGAUGAAAAACACUGCUCUCCUGUUCACUACUUCUUCUCUGUCUUUACGUCUCAUCACUGGGCCUCUCUCAGUGUCUGUUUUCCCAACCUCCAUCCCAAAUUCCAGCUGUAUAUCUACAACCAGUUGGUCAGGUUUCUUACUAAACGAGAGCAGAAAUUGAUGCAAAGGCGACAGCAUGCAGAGGAACUGCUCGAGUGGAAACGACGUUUAGAUGCAGAAGAAGCUGAGAUUCGUCGAAUGGAAAAACAAGCUUUGGCAGCAUGGGACAAAGAGCUUAUGAAAUCUAAAACACCCAAGAAAGAUCUGGAAGAUGAGGGAAGAGAGCAAAAAGAAACAGCUAGUGAAGAGGAGUCUCUAGCACCUUCUUGCUCUAAUCUAAACAGUGAAAGUUCUAUCCCAGAAGAAUUAGGCAGUCCAUCUGCUGAACCUGUACCAUCUGGAACUACAGCUCAGGGGCAGCCUGGGAGCCUAAAUCACAGUAUACUUACUGAAGAAAUAGUUUAUUCACAGGAUCUAGAAUUGUCUACUAUCUCCACUACGAAACAUUCACCUUCCAAAAGCUCUGCAUCCUUGUCAAAGCAUGAUUCCAGUAAAGGAAGUCACCGGACUGGAGGACAGUCUCGCCUAUCUGGAAAAUCCCAUCAACUCUCUCAUAGUUGGUCAGAUGAGUCAUUAUCUAUGACACAGUCAGAACCUACUUCUGACCAGAGUGACAUUGAAGGUAGAAUCAGAGCUUUAAAAGAUGAGCUGCGGAAGAGAAAAUCAGUUGUUGAUCAAUUGAAAAAGGAACAGAAAAAAAGACAGAAAGAGAGGCUAAAAGCCCAGGAGGCCAGUCUGAUCAAACAGUUAGAGUCUUAUGAUGAAUUUAUCAAGAAAACAGAAGCUGAGUUAAGCCGGGACCUUGAGACAUCACCAACAGCUAAACCUCAAAUUAAAACUCCCUCCUCCACUACUGAAAGGCCCAAGAUCAAACCUCCACCACUUCACAGGUCUGAAGCAGCAAAGAACUGGAAAUCCCUGACAGAGUCAGAACGGUCCAGAGGAUCCCUAGAAUCUAUUGCUGAACAUCUUGAUACUUCACCCUUAAGUUCUGAGAAAUCUUUGUCUGAGAGAACGUUGUCUACACCUACCAAGAGACCUGCUGACUUGGACAUUCGUGUAGAACAACCUCCAAACCCAUCUCCACAUCUUAAAAUAUCUAGGAGAGCCAGAGCAGAAUCUGGGGAUUAUCUGGAAAAUGUGCCUUUAUUAUCUCCUUUCAAAGAUCUAAACACCGACAGAAUCUCUAAUGUAUUGGAUAUUAGGUUGGAAGAAGAGGAUAGUCAUAAAUCUGAAAUCCAAGAAGAGGUGGGGGAAUAUGCAAAAUCAGAAGACAGUGAGAUUGAAGAUAGUUAUUCUAAACUCUCUAGAAAAUCUUACGUCUUGUUGAAACUAGACCUGGAGCAGGGAGAUUCACCUGAAAUUGUCUCAAUGAAAAGUCUUCCUUUAGACUCUAAAAGUGUCCCAAAAGAUUCACAGAGCCCACUUGCCAGGGAGAAACUUCAGAAAAUAGAGAAAAUGAUAAAAGAGGUACAAAAGGACAGAAAUGAUAUUGAGGAUCUGAGUGCAAAAUCAGAACAAGCUUCCUACCAACAAAAGAUUGCAGAGGAACAGGACUCGUCUAUUUCAGAACAACUUUCUAGUCUUAGAGAGAUGUCCUACUCAGAUGACUUUGAGGCGUCUUCUCCCAAAAAAGAGACUUCAGUUGAAGGAGCACCUGCUGAAUUGUACAAAGAUGACUUUGAAUUAUCAUCUGUAUUAUCUCCCAGAAUUGACUCUCAAUCACAGAGGGAAAAAUUGCCACUGACAAAGAACUCAAGAAGUAAAGCCACCAGUUUUAGUAGCGAUGAUGAAAUUAGUGAAUGCCUUAGCAAGAAAAGUCUGUCCAUUUCUGGAAGUGUCCAUUCUGGGAGACUAUUGGAACUCAGAUCUCCAACAGAACUUUUGAAAAGUAAGGAACGGAGUGAUGUGGAGAAUGAAGAUGGUAUUACUGAGGCACCAUCGUGGGCCUCUGCCUCUUCUGCUGAAACAGAUAAAUUGCUAGAUUUCCAACUUGGUGACAGAGUCCUUAUCAGCAAUGUUCAGCCUGGCACUCUUCGAUUCAAAGGCUUGACAGAGUUUGCAAAAGGAUUUUGGGCUGGAGUAGAGCUGGAUAAGCCUGAAGGAAAUAACAAUGGAACUUAUGAUGGAAUUAUGUACUUUGAGUGUAAAGAGAAGCAUGGGAUUUUUGCUCCUCCCCAGAAAAUCUCUCACAUUGAAGAAAAUUUUGAUAAUUUUAUAGAUGAAAAUGCUUUUUCUAAUGAACAAUAUAAUCAGCAUCAAAAACAAGAGCAGAAAGACACAGAGAGUCCUGAGUCCAAUAGAGAAAAAGAUUCAAAUAAAAAUUUCCAGGAGAAAUCUCCAGUUAGCAUACACAUAGUGGAAACCUCAGUGGAGAGAAGCAGUAAGACUGAAUCCAUAUUUAAAGUAGACCAUACACAAGAGAAUUCUGUAUCUACUGAAUCAACUACUCAAGAGCAAUCUUUAGUAGAUUCUAUAGUUUGUUCCAUAAAAGAUGAGGAUGAUAUUUCCCUUUUUGUUUCUAGUGCCAUAGAAAAAGUUACUUCUUUUGUAUUGGAUGAUACAUUAGAUAUUGUCCUUUCUGAAGAACUGAAAAGACAACAAGAGUAUUGGACAAAAGAAUUGCCUGAAAAGAACGAAAACUUAUCUCCACAAGUUUUGGGAAAACCUUCAACCCCACUCCUGGACCUUUUAACUAAAGAAAAAAACCAAUUGGAAGCUCAGUUGAGAUCAUCACUUAGUGUGGAAGAAAAAUCAAAAAAAUUGGAAACAGUCAGCUUACUGACAGAUAGCCUGCUAAAAACCUUUGUGAAGGAUACAGUUGAUCAGUUGCAACAAAUUAAGAAAGUUAAGAAUGAGAAAAUACAACUUAGCAACCAGGGGCUUCAUGAUGAUGACCAAGAAAAAGUAUUUUCCAGAGUCCCAUCUAAUUAUCAUGAGGAGCAAUCACCUAGUAGCCCGCCAGGUCUGUUUUUAAAGCCUGAAGUAGAUGAUGAAAGAGAAGAAGUUUCCUCUCCAGAUAUGUGCCCCAGACCAGAGAGCCCCGUAUUUGGUGCCAGUGGACAAGAAGAACUUGCUAAGAGGCUUGCAGAACUUGAAAUCAGCCGGGAGUUCCUGAGUGCAUUAGGAGAUGACCAAGACUGGUUUGAUGAAGACUUUGGCUUAAGUUCCGCCCACCAGGUCCAACAAAAUAAGGUAGAAGAACCAAUUGUGCCGCCAAUGGCAGAGUCAAAAAAAGUACUACCUCCAAAGCCAUGUGAGACACUAUUGGCUGUUCCACACACUGCAGAAGAGGUAGAAACACUAGUCCAUGCUGCAGCUGAGGAACUUUGGAAAUGGAAAGAGAUGGGCCAUGAUCUUCAAAGCAUCAGUAUUCCCACAAAACUACUAGGCAGUGCUUGUAGGGGUCAAGAUAUGGAAAACACCAGUAAAAGAGUCUAUAAGAAGGCGGUCUUUGACUUGACGAAAGAAAUUUUUGGAGAAAUAUUUGCUGAAGAUCCCAAUCUGAAUCAGCCUAUCUGGAUGAAACCAUGUAGGAUGAACUCCAGUUACUUCCGAAGAGUAAAAAAUCCAAAUGACCUUGAUGAAAUCAAGAACUUUAUAGCUACUGAAGUACUUAAGCUGUUCAGCCUUAAAAAGGAACCAAACUACAAAACAGAUUGGCAGAAAAUGAUGAAAUUUGGACGGAAGAAGAGAGAUCGAGUUGAUCACAUCCUGGUACAAGAGCUCCAUGAAGAGGAGGCUCAGUGGGUGAACUAUGAUGAAGAUGAACUCUGCGUAAAGAUGCAGCUAGCUGAUGGGAUCUUUGACACCUUAAUCAGGGAUACUAUUGAUGUUCUGAACCAGAUCAAUGAAAAACAGGGGAGAAUGCUGCUUGUGUGACACCUUCCAAAUAAACCGAAAACAUUGUGACAAUUUGAGUUGUGGGCCUUUCUGCCUCCUGAUAUACACUACAUCUCCAUCGUAGCAAGAAUGCUGCUGGCCCUUGUUUACCUGGUUUUAAAGACAGCUCACAUGGAAUCCCAGGAGCAAUCUGGUACAGCCUUUGCCUUUAGAUACUGUUCACUAAACAUAUCGAUUGUUUUCAGUGAGCAAAGUUGCACACCUGCUGCUAACACAGAGGCAUAUUUCUAAUCACCACUUUUCAGCAUCCCAAAUGGUCUUAGAUGAGGGCUGAAAAUACCAGAAUUACCUCUUAGUUUAGACCAGGAUACCAGUUUACUCAAGUCCUAAGUCAAGAGAGAAUUAUAAAUAGAAAUAUCACAUUAUUUUGGAAUCUUAUUGGCUUAUACAUCUGGUUGUAAUAAAUGGACAGUACAAUACUUAAACAGUGUUAAACUCUUCACUACUUUUAAAUGGACAGCUCUAACAAUAUACAUCAGUUUUACACUUUGGAGUUCAUUUUCUUCUAUUAUAGAAAUUUAGCACAAGUGGAUUGUCAGGUUAACAGAAGAAAAUGGGUGACCUUGCUUUCUGUUCUCAUAGAGACAAUUUGAAACCCUUGUAUCUUUUCCAGUUUUCUACUUUGGGGCAUGAGAACAAAGAAAUGCCCUUCUUGAAGACUGGGCACAAAAGACUCACUUAGGGUCAGCUUUUCCCAUCCUUGUCCCCACCCCCUACUUUUCCUUAUCAUUCUGAACUACCACCAGCUGCUCCUAGAAUCACAAAUACUCAGGACUGUCUCAGGCAUCCAGGCAGGCAGAAGUGGACAUUGCUCAUUUGGACCUUCCCUCCCUUGAUCCCCAUGUUCAUCCAAGAAAUCAGAGAAACUUUUACUUGAAUGAUUUAGGAAAUGAGUAUAUGCACCAAAGACCAAAAAAAAGUUAUGCCCGUUGCUUGUGUGCUUGUAUUGUGCUUGUAGAACUUUCCUUAAUUUAUUUUAUGAUAAAUUAUUAAGUUUGAAGUAUGUGUCUUCUGCAAGGUUGGUUGUCCUGCCACCUUCAACAUUGAAACCACAGAACCUAUGAAAGGUGCUUUGUAUGUUACUUUAGAUUUCUAUCCUCAAAGCUUAUAUUAUUAAACUAGAGGUUUAAAUAAAACCAUAUACAAAUGUCAGAAAUGUCAUUUGGAUUCCAU